CUUUUUACUCAGCAGAGUGAUCGAGAGCGUCUCAUUCAGCUGGCCAUUUCUACCUAAAGACAUGGAGCACCACUUCCUGAUGAGACUGUGGUGAGACCGGUGCAGCCCUGUCACGCCCACAGCGCCCCCUUUCGGCCCGGACGGCCCACCAUGCCCCGGCGCCUAUGAAAGGGUACCAUGUCAGCCGUAGCAUGUCUCAGCACUCCUCCGGUGGUGGUGGAGGAGGGCCCUGCCACUGCCCACCUGAGGAAUGUGAUGGCCCAGGAAGGGACUACUACCAAGGUCAUGAUGGCCACUUUUACCCUCCAGGAGGUCCGGCUGAGGCCCUGGCGCUGGAAAGGCACCAUUCCCACUCCCACAGCCAUUCUGGAGGGGGAACUUUCCCCCGUUCCCACCCCAGUCAGCACCCACCUCUACAGUCGUUUGACUCCUGCGAGGAGUGUCUGUCCUCAAGCCAUGGAGGGAAGGGGCAUCGCAUUCCCCCCACCAUAAUGGACCAGUUUGAGAAGCAGGUGCCCUUUCAUCCCGAUGGCUUCCACACCCUGCAGUACCAGCGCACCACGAGUGGGGGUGCCGAGCAACGUAGCGAAAGCCCCUCAAGGAUCCGCCACCUGGUCAACUCGGUGCAGCGCCUAUUCGCCAAGUCCCAUUCCUUGGAGGCUCCAUCCAAACGCGAGUACAAUGGCACAAGAGGGGGCGGGGACUACCGAGGCGAGAGAGGGGGAGGCCACAGGAGUGGAGGGGAGGACGGAGGAGGCCACUACUCGGGACACCAGUCUCGCUCUACCAGGAGGAACAAAUCUCGAGAACGUAGCAAGAGCGGAGACUCGCGGCAUGAAUCAGGUAGACGCCACCGCAGCAGGACGGCUGGCUGGUGGAGCUCUGAUGACAACCUUGACAGCGACAGCAGCUACUUGGUCAGUGGCGGAAGACGCGGGUACCCCAGUGGACACGAGAGCCUUGAUGCAGCAAUCCAGGAGCUCACCAUGAAGAGGCCCAAAGACCGCGGGGGUGGUCCCAUGCCUGGGGAGUGCAUGGCCUGUACCACUAUGGCUCUGGCCGGAGGUGAAGGAGGGGGACACCACAGCCAUCAUGGCCACUCUAUGAAAAGGAGCACCUGGUCAGCCAUGACAGUGAGUCAGGCCAGAGAGGUGUACCCUUCUACCAGGGGGGCAAGCUACGAGAAAGCCCUCGUGCCCGUUGAGAGUAAGCUUAAGGAGAGGACCUUCCAUUACCUCCAGGUCCCCUCAGAAGACUGGGGCGGUGGAUAUGGCGGUGGUAACGACGGUAGCGGAGGGGAGAUUCCGUGUCGUCGCAUGAGGAGCGGCAGCUACAUCAAGGCCAUGGGCGACGAUGACAGCGCUGACUCAGACACCAGUCCAAAAGCCUCUCCUAAAUCAACCCUGAUAGCACAGAGGGACGCCUUCAGACGGUCUAUCAGCAUGGAUCAAAGGUACUCAUGUAAGCAGUGUACAGACUCCUACCCAAACAGCCGGACUACACCAAAAACCCACACCCGUUCCCGUAGCUACACCCGCUCUCUGACCAGCUCACAGUUGGGCGACACGCUGAACCGUCAGUUUGAGGCGGUCUGCGAGACCAUGUUCGGGGAGGUGGAGUCUCAAGCCGUGGAGGCUCUGGAUCUUCCAGGCGUGUUCCGCACUCGCAGCCACAGCUACGUCCGCGCCAUCCAGGCCGGCUGCUCCCAGGACGACGACUGCCUCUCUGUCUUCUCCAUGUCGGGCCCCCAGGGAAGCAUUAAGAGCGGGGCCGUCUUUCCUUAUCGUAAAGGUGCUCCUCCCCCACUCCCUCCUCGCAUGUCCAAGUCUUCACUCUCGGUACGAGCCCAGAGUAGCACCGAGUCCACCCAGGAUGCCUACUUCCAGAGCAGCGGGCCGUUGGUCUCAAGUUCAGGCCCCGGGCGCCCUAAGCAGCACAGCAACUCAGUGGACCUGGGCAGCUCCGACGGCCCCUCAGGUCGCUCAUCCAGGGGAGGAUACUACACCUCCACCGGCCCUGGACGCUCAAGACAGCACAGUAACUCCGCAGAGAGCCUUGACGGGGUCAGGGGUUCCCGGGAGCUGGUACCCUACGCAGGGGGUCAGGGGAUCGGAGUGAGGGCCAAGCACAGCAGCUCGGCUGACAGUCUAUUGGAGGGACCACCAAGGCCGGCCAGGGAGAGGGACGGCAGGGCUGGCGGCAGCCUGGGGAAGUCCACGUCUCUGCCUCAGAACAGCAUGGUGCUGAGUAAAGCUGGGGGGCAGGACGACGGGCGUGGUGCGAGAAAGUGGAGGCCGUCCAUAGCCGUGCAGGUGGACAGCUCAGAGACUCUGUCAGAUUCAGACGCAGAGGGCAAAGCACUCACAGAGGUCCACUCUAUAGGAGUCCAAGUGGAGGAUGACAAAAGACGGGCUCGUUUCAAGCGCUCCAACAGUGUGACAGCGAGCGUGCAGGCCGACCUGGACCCAGAGGGCUUCCCAGGGCUCAGCAUCGCAGUGCCAACACAAGACAAGAGUCUGCAGUUUGGCUGUUCCUUCCAAAGGCACUCUUCAGAGCCGGAGUCAGCUAGCCAGUACGCAGAGUGUCAGCGCACUGUCCACACACAAGGACAGUGGGCCUACAGGGAGGACUUUAUCCAGAGUGGAUACACCACGGACACCUGCACAGCAGACCCACGGCCCCACCAGCACCCACACUUGCCUCCACGUUCCCACUCCCCCCUACCCAUCACCUCUGAGCGAGCUUGGGCAGGGACGCCGUCCCUCGAGGGCCCCCGGAGCCUACCGGACUCAGGCCGAGCCUCGCCCUGCAUGAGAGACGGAGAGUUCUUCCUACGUCUCCUGCAGACCGAGGUGGAGAGGAUGGAGGGAUGGUGCCAGAACAUGGAGAGGGAGGCAGAGGAAAACGAACUGCCAGAGGAGGUUCUUGAGUUGAUUCGAAACGCAGUUGGCAGUGCACAGAUGCUCAUGUCUCAGAAAGUCCAGCAGUUCUUCCGCCUCUGCCAACAAAGUGUGGACCCAUCAGCGUACCCCCAGCCCACCUCUCAGGACCUGGCAGGCUUCUGGGAUCUGCUGCAGCUCAACAUAGAGGACGUCAGGGUCAAGUUUCAGGACCUCCAGAGGGUCAAGGACUCUAAUUGGAGGCUGCCACCUGAAAAGAAGGAGGAUAAGAAGCUUCCUCCUCCCUUACCAAAGAAGCCAGCAGGCGGGGUGAGUGGCAGCCUCAGGGCUGAUAGCAGCAUGGAUGGGGGCGCCGGAGGUGGGUCAGGCGGGCUGGUGGUGCCUCGCAUCGGUGGACACACCCUCCCCAUCAGGGAGAAGUCACUGGACCUCGGGGACCGUCACAGAACAGAAGCGAGGAGGAGGCUGCUGCAGACAAAGCGCACUGCUUCUUUCAGGCAGAACUCGGCCACAGAGAGCGCAGACAGCAUUGAGAUCUACAUCCCUGAAGCCCAGACUCGACUUUGAACUCUGAGACGCCUCUCACUCACCUCCUCAUUUAUCCUCAUCCAAUCGAAGCUCACCUGGGCAACAAUCGCAGUCUUUCUCUUAGCCCACUUUUGGAAUUUUUGCAGGUCAUUGCUGUUUUAUCUGCUACCCAUCCUCACUAUUUCGUCACAUAACUACAAAUUCACUCCUCAUGCUCAUUCAAAAAGCAAUGACAGCCAUUUUAGUGUCUUGAAAUUUGGAUAUUUUACAGACACUGAGGCCUAGACCCUGAAAUGGUAGCUAGCAGAUACGAGCUAUAGACUUUUUUUUUUAAACUAAUUCUCUGAGUUUCUUUUGGGCUGACAACAAACUACAGUCCACUUUUAUACCAGUUGUCAGCGGAUGUUCACGCAGUAGUAGCAUGCCUGUGCGUGUUCACCUAGCACUUCUCCAUCACUGAAAAUAAAGGGCUUAACAGGAACAAAACCUCUGUGUGAGGAGAUAACAGAAUCUCCCUCUCGAUCUCCUGUUGCCAUCUUCUGAAUGCGAAUCAAGUAAGAUAUACUCACACCCUUGAAAAUGCUAGCAGUAGGGAUGAUUAAACAUGGAGUCAUUGGUCACCAUAAAGUUAAAUGCCCUUAAAGUCGGAUGGCCGACACUCCCCAAAGAACAUUCCCUGAGCACGGUCACUGACUACAGCUAGCUUCUUUAACCCAGGUGCCAUCUGUCCACCCAGUUGAAGAAAUAACAAACAAGCUUUCUGCCUCUUUACUUCAUUCUUCAUGACCUGCGAGUACCCUCAGCAUUCAGCAGCAAGGCUGUUUGAAUGUGCAAGUGCUAUAUGUACAGUAUGCACACUCAUGUUUGCUUAAAGGAGCUUUUUUUGGUGAAGCAUCACAGCCUUGAUAGCAGGAGAGCAUCCUAGUCACACACAAAAAAACACAGAGGUUUCUUUUUAUGUAGUCUCUCUGAAGUUUCAAGUGUUCAGGGUGGGGUUUCUGGGAGUAUUAGGGGAAUAUAUUUCAGUGGCUUUGCUGAGAAGGCCCCUAUUUCACUGUGAGACUAUAGCAGCACCUAGUGGUCAGAUAAAGACCCAAACCAACAUAAGUGGUUUGUAAGAGUUUUGUCAGCAUGCCCUGAUGAAACAGCCCUGAAAGAAGAUCUUUAUUUUAUAGAAAUGUUUUGCAAUCCUUGAUUCGGAUUGGACUUUUCCGCCUUGAAAAGCUUGAAGAAGUGGAUCACGAAGGCAAAGGAAGGACAGCUGCCAAACUCUUCUGCCUAACUUGAAGUAAAUCCUCUCAAUUUCACACGCCGCUGAGAAAGAAAAACAAAAAAAGGAGUCAUCAAUGUAGUUUCCCGCUAACCCCCCUUCCAAAGAGUCAUCAAAGAGAGGAAACCAUCAGGUGUGAAAUGAUAGAAAAGAACCAACUUCAUAGAGUUUGUUAAUUCGACUGAGAUGGAGUUACACUUGUUGUGAAUGGAAUGACACAGUUUUGUUUGCUGCACCAUAUUUUCCUUUCACACCUUUAUUUUUUGAUAUCAUCCUCCACUGGAGAGUAGCAUGUUUUAAAAGCUUUGAAGGGGUCUCAUUGACACAUUUAUGUCAGAGCACAUAGUUCCAAUCAAAGUCUUUGUAUGGAUGGUGCAUAUAUUCUUUGUGUCACAAAGUACGAGUAGUGAAGGCCAAUGAAUACAAAAAGAGUCCAAAUCAGCUGUUUUAAAGACAAGAAUAUAAGAAUCUUUAAGCAUGACCUGUUUUUUUUCUAACACUUAUUUUAAAGGGAGAUGUAUAUUUUAUAAUAUAAUCUACAAUUCUAGAUUAGUAGAGACUACUGAGUACAGUAUAUGUACAAAAAAAAGCAUAUAUCAAAUGUGAAAUACUAAAGUAUUAUUAUGAUAGAUUAUAGCAUUGUGUGAUACUACAGCUGUGUGGCAUAUCCAGACUCAGUACAUGUGGAAAAAAUGAUCAUUUUCAGUUUGAGUGCUGGGUCAGGUUCACAGGGUAAAUAACUGGCAAGAGUGAUGAUUGCUGAGUGUGAUCCUCCUUAGGCCUACUGUAUAUCUGUGUGGUUCUGACAUAUACUGCUGUAACCCCCUCCCUGUAGUUCCUCUUUAGAACCAACUCCAUGUGCCUAACCAGCUAUAUGUGGAGGGUUUCUUCGAACACAUUAUGGCAUAUAGAAAGACAUGUAAAUAGACAAGUACAAAAUCUGCAGAGAAUAUAGUUAAAGAAUAUUGUUUUAAUUGUACUGACAUGCCAUCCUUUGUCUCACUCGCUCACUCACACUCGCAAUACAAACAUGACGAGAGGAAUUUGUUGGUGUUAAUACUGCAUGUUUUAUGUCAAACUCCUUUGAAAAAUUGAAGCAAAAUCUCAUUUUUGACUGAGAAAAAGGAAAUAAAUUUUGUAGCUUACAAAACCUUUUUGUGAUCGAGAAAAAAAAAAUUGAAAAUUUUACAGUGCGGUUAUUUCAACAAGUCACUUCUUUGUACAAAGAUUCUAUCCUUUGAGGACAAUGAUACUGGCAACUUUGAAACAGCAAUCAAUGUUUAGAUUUGAAACUCAACUGAUCACUUUAACCAUUUCUGUGUGAAACAAGCUGCCCUUAAGAUGAUAAAAAAAAAGGGCUGAGAAUCAGGCGUCAUAUUUUAUUCAUUUGUAGCAGUGUGGGCUGCAGAGCAGCCUCUUUUAUCCCCUCAUCCUUCUCUUGUGUUACCCUCAAACUUGACAGCAUCUUGACAGUUUGUAACACAACCCUCAUCUAACAAAGCACAAAGACCUGCUUUUAUACUGUUACUCCACUGUGAAGGCCUCUCAACUCCACCCUCACAAUCCUCAAACCUACACGCAGAGGGAUGGCAGGCUCUUUCCAUUACAACUCGGCCUUGAGGGACUCCACGGAUCAAAGAGGCUUGGACCUUUAUCCAACGUAGCAACUUGUUCUUCUUCUCCAAUUCUUCUGACUUUCUCCUCUAUACUUUUAAUCACAAGUUGAGGUAUUAGCCAGCCACCUUGCCUUGAAACAGGUGUAUUACAAACACACUUAGGUGGAACAAGUUCCAUGCUAUUAGGUCCGUAUUUGACCCAACCAUCUGUAUUUUUUUCAUAGUCUAAUUACUGGAGCCUCAGCUUAUAAUUGCACCUGGCAGUACAGUUGUAUGAACAUAUUCAGAGCACUCACCGCCACACUAGACAAACUACUUUAUGAACCCUUCCACCUCUUUCUAGAAGUGCAAAAACCCCUCAUGGACAGCCAGACGGACAAGUCAACUCUUGAGUACCUCAGUUUCUAGAAGCAGUGACUCCAACCCUGAACCGGGCCUCUGUCCUCAGGGGAUUCUCAUAACUCUACACAAGCGACGGACCCUGGAGAUACAGGACGGGAUCAGUCCAGCAGGAAUGUUGUCUGUAUUCUCUCUGAAUGAAACUAGAAAUCAUUUUUUCCGUCAUUCUCUUGUAGCCAUUUUCUGAGAAACUGGAGAUUAGCAGUGAAAGAAGCGGUGGUGGAGGAGCUCAAAGAGCCAAUGUGUGUGUGUGUGUGUGUGUGUGUGUGUGUGUGUGUGUGUGUGUGCUGUAUACUGUAUCUGCAACAGAGGGAUGCUGUAGCAGCACAUCUGAGUUUGAGUUAUAGAAACAUUUUAGAGAGGCAGAGCUGCUCUGGUGGAACGUACUGGCGGUACUUAAGCUCAGUUGUAGGAGUAAAGGAGCUGCUGAUAUCUCUGGUUAAGUAACUAGAGCUAUUAACUGUGGCUGCUUCUUAUUCUUCUUCUUCCAUUUCUGCCAGCAAAUGAAGACACAUUUAAGCAGUCCAAAAACACAGAGAACAACCCUGUGUUAUAGACUAACUUUUCCACAAUGAACAAUCAACAGUCAACCAGUGUUGUCAGAAACAUUAACAUAAGCUUAAUACAACUCUGAUACAUCAUUAGAAGAAACUGAUUUUAUCAAAAAGAUAAAAUAAUGAAUCAUCAUUCUUUCCUGGGAAGGUUCUGUGCAUUGUUAGUUCAUUGAAACCUGUUGCUGUUAUCAAUCAAAAUGUUGUAUACAUAG